UGAGGAAGGAAGCCUGGUGGCUGCGAUGAGCGAUAUAGUGGAGAAGACCCUGACGGCGCUGCCGGGGCUCUUUCUGCAGCACCAGGCGGCCGGCGGUUCCGGGGUGCCCAGGGUGUCCGUCUCCUCUCGGCUGGGCAGCCUUAUCCGCAGCAUCACCGCGCUCACGUCCAAGCACGAGGAAGAGAAAUUAAUUCAGCAGGAAUUGGCUAGUCUGAAGGCAACUGUUGCUGCACCCAAUACCACACUGAGGCUAAUGAAGGAAUGUAUGGUGAGACUUAUAUAUUGUGAAAUGCUUGGAUAUGAAUCUUCCUUUGGCUAUAUACAUGCAAUCAAGUUGGCACAACAAGGAAACCUCUUAGAGAAGAGAGUUGGUUAUUUGGCAGUUUCAUUAUUUCUACAUGAAAACCAUGAACUGUUGCUUCUCCUUGUGAAUACGGUUGUAAAGGACUUGCAGAGCACAAACCUGGUGGAAGUAUGCAUGGCACUUACUAUUGUCAGUCAGAUUUUUCCUCGAGAAAUGAUUCCUGCUGUUCUUCCACUUAUAGAAGACAAGCUACAACAUUCUAAAGAGAUAAUACGAAGAAAAGCUGUUCAGGCAUUGUACAAAUUCCAUCUCAUUGCUCCUAAUCAAGUUCAGCACAUUCAUGUUAAAUUUAGGAAAGCACUUUGUGAUCGGGAUGUUGGGGUCAUGGCUGCUUCUCUGCACAUUUACCUUCGGAUGAUUAAGGAAAAUCCAUCUGCAUAUAAGGACUUGACAGGAAGCUUUGUGACAAUCUUGAAGCAAGUAGUGGGAGGAAAACUCCCAGUAGAUUUCAAUUACCACAGUGUACCAGCACCUUGGCUACAAAUUCAGCUCUUGAGGAUAUUAGGACUUCUAGGAAAAGAUGAUCCAAGGACAAGUGAAUUAACAUAUGAUGUUCUUGAUGAGUCUUUAAGAAGAGCUGAGUUAAGUCACAAUAUCACAUAUGCUAUUCUAUUUGAAUGUGUACAUACCAUUUAUACCAUCUAUCCUAAACCUGAAUUGCUUGAGAAGGCUGCUAGAUGCAUUGGAAAAUUUGUUUUGUCUCCUAAAAUAAAUCUCAAAUAUUUAGGACUAAAGGCUCUUACCUAUGUUAUCCAGCAGGAUCCCAAUCUGGCACUUCAGCACCAGAUGACAAUAAUUGAAUGCUUAGACCAUCCUGAUCCCAUUAUUAAAAGAGAGACAUUGGAACUUCUUUAUAGAAUUACUAAUGCACAGAAUGUAAGUGUUAUUGUCCAGAAAAUGCUUGAAUAUUUGCAGCAGAGCAAAGAAGAGUACAUCAUCAUCAGUUUAGUUGGCAAAAUAGCUGAGCUUGCUGAGAAAUAUGCUCCUGAUAAUGAGUGGUUUAUCCAGACAAUGAAUGCUGUAUUUUCAGUGGGAGGAGAUGUGAUGCAUCCUGAUAUCCCUAACAAUUUUUUGAGACUCCUGGCAGAAGGUUUUGAUGAUGAAAAUGAAGACAAACAGCUAAGACUCUAUGCAGUCCAAUCAUAUCUCAGUUUACUAGAGAUAGAAAAUGCACUUUAUCCACAGAGAUUUCUGCAGGUCAUGAGCUGGGUAUUGGGAGAAUAUUCCUAUCUUUUAGAUAAGGGAACCCCAGAGAUCAUUAUAACAAAGCUCUACAGGUUGCUUAUGAAUAAAUCCACCACUUCAGAAACAAAAGCCUGGAUUAUGGCUGCAGUGACUAAAUUGACAUCCCAGACACACUCUUCUAAAACUGUUGAGAAACUAAUUCAGGAAUUCAGUGUAUCCCUGGACACUUGUAUGAGACAACAUGCUUUUGAAUUAAAACACUUGCAGGAGAAUGUGGAACUUAUGAAGAGCUUACUUCCAGUUGAUAAAAGUUGUGAAGACUUAGUGGUAGAUGCUUCUUUGUCUUUCUUGGAUGGUUUUGUUGCUGAAGGACUGGAUCAAGGAGCAGCACCAUAUAAACCUCACCAUCAGCGACAAGAAGAAAAACUUUCUCAGGGAAAAGUUCUCAAUUUUGAACCAUAUGGACUGUCCUUUUCUUCAACUAUGUCUUCAUCUGGUUGCACUGGACGGCAGUCUCCAGCUGGCAUCUCUCUUAGUUCUGAUGUAUCCGGGAAUAGUGCAGAAACAGGACAGAAGGAAACAAAUAGCCUGAAGCUGGAAGGUGUGAAAAAAUUAUGGGGAAAAGAAGGCUAUCUUCCUAAAAAGGAAAACAAAGCAGGAAGCAACCCUGAGCUUCAGCCUAUUGCUCAGGACAGUACAUUAGUGGAGAAUGUGGAUCAGAUGAUGAUGAAGAAGGAUCAGUCCCAGGCUCUUCAUCAUUCUGAGGAAGAAGCAGAAAAACAGCGUCUGGCUUCAACAUUAUUUGUUGGGCUGGGAUCAGAAAGUGCAGUUAGUCUGCUGGGGAAAACAGAUACUGUCUCUCACAAGUUCCGAAGGAAAUCAAAAAUGAAUGACAUCAAAAAUAGAGAAGUAACUAGUACACAUAACAUUAAUUGUUCUGAUUUCAGUCCUUUGUCAAAUGCACCUUAUGAAGAUAAUGAUCAUCUGAACAGUUUUCAGGACAAAGAGGACAUAGGGUUAAAGAAAUGUUCUCUUGGUUCAGAAUUUUUGGAAUCAGGUUUAAAAUCUGAGUCAUUGACUGAACUGCAUUUGGUUGAGAAUUUCUCAGCUUGCAGCCUGUCUCCACCUUCUUUGUUUGAAGAUAAUAGCAUGGAGAUUUUUCAUCCUCCUCAUCCUACUCUUUCCUCAUUUGCCAAUGAAAUGUCUUUGACUUCAUCUUUACUGGAAGAGUUAAAUGAACAUACACAUUCAGAUUUAGUGGAACUAUGUAACAGUGAAAUGUUAAAAGUAUCUUCUUGCAAAAUUUGGAAAGAUGACUGCUUAUUGUUGGUCUGGUUGAUUGUCAAUAAAAGCAGCUUGGAACUGAAGAAUAUGAAUUUAGAAAUUACAUCUACAGAAAAUUUCAAGAUUCUUGAGCAUCCUGGCUUCUGUUUUCCUAUAAUAGAAGCAGAAAGCACCAAAAGCAUCCAGCAUCAUGUAGAGAUGGAAAAACUUUUUACAGAGGAGAAUCUUUCUGGUUGUGUUAAGUAUAAGGUGGAAGAGGAUCCAUAUAUUCAGCUAGAAUUUUCAAUAACCUUAUCACUCUUGGAUUUCAUUAGACCAAUGAAGAUUUGUACUGAAGACUUUGGGAAACUUUGGCUUUCUUUUGCAAAUGAUGUGAAGCAAAACAUUAAAAUGUCAGAUUCUCAAGCUAAUUUGCCUUUUGCCUUGAAGAUCCUGCAGCAGAAACUAAGAUUGUACAUCGUUGAUAUUAUAGGAAAUGAAGGAAUAUUGGCCUGUCACCUGCUUCCAUCAGUCCCCUGCUUGUUGCACUUAAGGGCUCACGAAGGAAUGGUAGCUCUGUGGUUCAGAUCCUCUUGUUCUACUCUUCCAGAUUAUUUACUUUAUCAGUGUCAAAAGGUGAUGGAGGAAUCCUGAUUAAAACUCUGCUUGUUUUCUAUUUUAAAGGUUUACAUAGAUAAAAUGAUUUACCAAAGUAAAAUGAACUCACGGUACAUCUAAUGAAAAGGGAAAUAAUUUGGCUUUUAAGUGUUUCCUAAAGGACUUCUUAGAUAAGAAAAUGUUCCAAGAAACUGUAACUUUAUCACUUUGCUCAGGAUUGUAUAGUAUUUGUGUCUCUUCAAAAGUGACCUAGCUGUAUUAACAUUUAAAAAUUAUUAAUGAUUUAACAUGACUUAGAGUAGAGAGAGACUGAAAAUAUUUAUUUUGUAAUAACAAUUUUUUAGUUAGCACAAUUAUGCUAGAACUAGUGGAUUUAUACAUAAGGUUAAGUCUCAGUUAUCUGCUCUAAUGGAGAGAGAAGUAAGUGGAUAAUCUCAAGUGUUAUUAAUAUUUGGUUUUGAAAUGCAUUGUCUUUUCAUAAAGUAUUUAUUUUCCUAAUUAUGUUUUGAUUAGACUAGUAUUAAAAUUAGUUUACAUUUUUUGAGUUCACACCAACUGAGGUUGGCGAUGGGGGCCCAAAAGCAUGUUGGGCAAGAGGAAGCAAUCUUGACCUUUAACUGUGUUAUAUUUAAUCCACGCAUGUAACUGAGAAUUGGUCAUAAACUGUCUCUUUCUCAUCUGGUUACUUUUUUUUAAGCUGAAAAUUAAUCAUUGUUCAGACUAUAUAUUUUUAAUAAUACCCUAUUAAACAUUAUAUAGAAAUAAAAGCUCUAAUUGAGUUUACAAUAAAAACAUACACCUCAUUUAUAAUAAAUAUCUUGGCAUCAUUUGGUACUUAUUUAGCUUUAAAAGUAAAAUGGCAUUCAUGCUUCUUGAUCCUUUUUAAAAACAAUGAAUAGCAACAGCACAGAUAACCUGUAAAAGAAGUGCAAUUAAGAUAUGCCAUUUUCUCAUUCUUGAGAUCUUUUUUUUCCUUCACCUUUACAUAGGUAGCUGGCAGCCUCUUAGAGUCACUAUCAAAACUGCAACUUCUAUCAGUAAGAGGAACUUAUUGCUAAAUUGAGUUGUUUCCAAAAUUUUAAGAUUAUAGAUUCAUGCUAAAAAACAGUAUUUUACAAUCUUUCAAAGUACAAAAAGAAAGUACAAAAGUACUUUAUGAAAAUUUUUCAUUUUUCAAGUGGUUCACUGGAAAGUUUUCAGAUAAUACCAUAUUAAAUCAUAGAUAGCAGUUGAUUAGUUAUUUAAUUUAUGUAGUUACUCACUUUAGUCAAAAGCACCUAAUCACAGCUGAUGAAAAUAUUAAAUGCUUUUCUUAGACCUGACAUCAAACUAGUUGCAUAUAUUCUCUAGAGUAUGUCUUCCCAGCAACAAACAGUAUUUUCUUAUAGCUAAUUUUAAGUUGCGCAUUUCUUUAAGAAAUACUUUAUUAUUAUGACCUAUUCGUUUAAACAUAGAGUAGGAUCCUGCUUACAACAACAGUGUUAAGAAAAAGAAUCAUCUACAUUAUGGAUGUUCCAUACUGUGUUGAGGGAGGACCUCCUCUUCCAUCCUUCCCAUGCCUAGGCAAGGGGAAAGAGGGAUUCUGGGGGUACAAGCCAGCAAUGGUAUGGCAGUCUUCCCUAUGGUUCUGUUCCAUUCUGUUAUUUCUGAUGCUACUGCAACAGUUGUGGUAGAGAAGAAACAUCCCUCUGUCACACUGAAAAAGCAUAUAAUGCCAUAUGGGAACUUAGGCUCCUUCCUUUGCUUGCUAGGGCAAGCUUGUGCUCUUGAGCCCAUCUCUGAGCCAUGAGCUUAUGAGCAGGUAAGUGGCUCAUUUUGAGGGAACCCUGCAAGCCUGUUCUUGCCUUGGUUAUAAGGGAACACAUCCUUCCCUUGUACUAGCAAUAGUUACAGCAGUGGUAAAGCCAAGAGAUUGAUGCUGUGGGCACAAAAACCAGUAAGUAGAGGGAGGUAUACCAGGAAUAGGUGAAGGCUUAUCACACCAUUGUUUUUUCUGCUGUUUGGAGUUCUUCCAUAGGAGACAUACUUUCCCUCUUUUAACAGCUUAAUCUAAUCAAUACAGCACUGCUUUAAGACGACAUUUUUUAUAUGUGUGAUUUCAAAACCAAAUGUUACAAAUACAGCUUAUGAACAAAACUCAUUAGAUUUUAAAGUAUUCAAUAACAGUACAUAUAAUGCUUAUUUUUAUUGAAUAUUUAAAUUCUAAAUCAGGGAUCAUCCUCUUUACAUUUUAUUCAUUUUGAUUGUAAUAGGAUGAAACUGAUUUCAGAUGGGACUUGCAGAACCAGUCUCAUUGCUGCGUAGUCAACUUUCUAUACUAGAUUUAGGGACAACAUUAAACAUGUUGGGCUGCCUAGAGGGCAGGAGAGCUUAGCAUUAUGAAUACUUUUCACACUGGACCUCAUUGGAAUGUAAGUGGCAGCAAAGAUGAGACUGGAGUGACUAAAAGGAAAGGCAAUUGAAAUCUAAGGGCAGUGAUUAUAGAUAGAAGUUAGAUGUGGAGGGACAUAUAUAGAAAGAGAAGUUUUGAUGUCCUAGCAGACGCAUCUAAUAAGAGUGAACCUUACAGGAAGAGAAGGGAAGGAAAGGAAGAAAUCAGAACUGUGGAUUGGAGUUUAUAGGUAUUGGUCAAAUAGUGAUUGAGAUUUUAAGUAGCAUGCCAGCCUGUGGUUAGCAUAUCAAAUGUUGCAAAGCUCUGUCUCAAAUACUUAAUGUUGUCUAAGAAAAUUUCUGUGUGGUGGAAAGACAGUGUUUUAUUCCUCUCACUCUCCUUUUAUUUAAUAUUAAGUUGAAAUUGUCAAACUAUCUUUUUUCAUGGAUAAAAGCCAUUUUUGUCUUGUCUACAGCCAGUGAGUUUUUGGAAACGCAUUGAACUUACUCAUUUGUCUAUAUGUUUUUAAUUGUGUUAAACUUUUGGAAAAGGAAAUGAAAUGUAUCUUAAUAGGCAGUGAUUUUCACAUUUUGGAGUUGGGUUCUAUAAUUUGGAAAAGUUCAAUUAAAUGUACAACUGUCAUAAAA